AUGGAUCAUGAAUCAAAUGUGACAUAUAUAACUCUUUAUGGAUAUGCAGAAAUGGGCAUAUACAGGUAUUUGAUCUUUUUAGUUAUGUUGGCAGUAUAUAUUCUCUCAUUCAGCUUUAAUGCUACCAUUGUGUACCUUAUCUGGAUACACAGAGAACUCCAUGAGCCAAUGUUCAUUUUCAUUGCAGCUUUGCUCCUGAACUCUGCUAUUACCAGCACUACUGUCUACCCAAAGUUGUUAAUUGACAUUUUAUCUGAAAAACAGAUCAUAUCAUAUUCAGCCUGUCUCCUUCAAUGCUUUGUUUAUUACUCUGUUAGUGCUUCAGAUUUCUUGCUGUUGGCAGCCAUGGCCUAUGACAGGUAUGUUUCUAUAUGCAAACCUCUGCAAUAUACCACAAUCAUGACUAAAAACACUGUGAGUAUUAUCUUGGCUAUAGCUUGGCUUCUGCCUGCUUGUGAAAUUGCAGUCCCAACAAUACUGAGUUCUAACAUGAAACUCUGUAAUUUCACUUUAAAAGCAAUUUUUUGUAACAAUACAUAUUACACUCUCUUCUGUGUGACUUCAAUCGUAAGAUCAAUUGUUGAUAUGUGUAAUAUCAUGAAUAUGGUAGUUUUACCUAUAGUCUUCAUACUUUUUACAUAUACCAGAAUACUGAUAGUAUCCUAUCGAAGUAGCAGAAAUGUCAAGAAAAAAGCUGCACAGACCUGUACACCCCAUCUAAUAGUUUUGAUCAGUUUUUCUGCUUUGUGCCUUUAUGAUGUCAUUAUAGUGAUGCUAGACGUGGAAUCUGAUAUACAUUUCAUAAUGACAUUACAAGCGUUUUUGUAUUAUCCUCUCUUUAAUCCAGUUGUAUACGGACUAAAAGUCAAAGAAAUCUUCAAACACCUGAAAAAGUUUUUGUCUCCAGCCAAAAUGAUUUGA